GAAGAUUUUUGGCUUCAGGAGUAAGAAGGGCAUGUCAUCCUUCGACUCCUCCAUCAGCCUGGGGAGAGACAGAGGUCAUCAUAGAACCAACUUCCAGCCCAGGUACCACAUCCGAGACAAGGACCUCGGAGAGAUCCACAAAGCUGCCAGUGUAGGCGAUGUAGCCAAAGUGCAGCAGGUCCUGUUGCUCGGGAAGAGUGGCCUGAACGACAAGGACAAGCUGGACAGGACUGCGCUCCACUUGGCCUGUGCCAAUGGCCAUCCAGCGGUGGUGGCUCUCCUCCUGCAGAGAAGAUGCCUGCCUAACCUCUGUGACAGUGAAAACAAGACCGCGCUGAUGAAGGCCGUAGAAUGCCAAGAGGAGGAGUGCGCGACUCUCCUGCUGGAGCACGGCGCCGACCCGAACCUCACGGACGCCAAUGGCAACACCGCGCUCCACUACGCUGUCCUUUGCCAGAAUUCAUCACUCGCAGCAAAGCUGCUUUCCUACAACGCCUGUAUAGAAGCCAGGAACAAGGAUGACCUGACACCACUGUUAGUUGCAAUACGUGAAAGGAGAGGGCACAUGGUGGAGUUUUUAGUAAAGAAAGAAGCAAAUAUACAUGCAGUUGACCAGAUGAAAAGAACAGCCCUCAUGCUUGCUGUCAAGUAUGAAUCAGAAAAUGUUGUCAGACUUCUUCUUCAGCAAGGUGUUGACAUCUUUUCUCAAGAUGUUUUUGGACGGACUGCAGAAGAAUAUGCUGUUAUUAGUGGUUUUAAUAUGUUUCACCAACUGAUUUCUGAAUAUAAAGAAAAGAGACCUAAAACUUCUCCUGAAAAGAGCAACCCAGUGGAUGAGAGUUCUGAAGAGGACUCUUCAAGGAGGUUUCCCAACAAACCUGGCAUUGAUUUAGGGCCUACAUCAAACAGUGAAGUCUUAGGUUUUCAAACCAAGCAUGUCUUGAAAUCAAACGUAAUGAAGCUAAUGAAGGCUUCUCAGCAAUCCAAGAGAAACAUAGAAGCAAAAUGUGGCAUUUGGAGACCAGAGAGUACAACUUUCUCUGAGGACAAUAAUUCUGAUAGCAACAUUGAAGAUGUGGUUGAAACAUUUUGCAAACCAUCACCCGGGUUUGAGGGCAUCUGUCAUCCUGCCUUCCCAUCAUCUCAGCCUGUUGCAAAACUUCUCAAGUCUGUAGCAGGCCUUGGUCGUACAAAGCAGAGUAUCUCUGAGAGCCUUCCACAGAAAUAUGUGGAUCAUUUACCUGGAGCUGCUGGUCAAAGAGGAAAAAAGACAUUAAAUAGACAAGUAGAAGAGUCUCCUGGGAAAUACCCUAACGUGAAGCCAGCAGUCAGAGUGAAAGAUUCUGUUCCUAAUCAAACAGUCAGAAUGAAGGAUUUACAGACAUCCAGUUCAGAUCUGUCAAGAGAACUAGACUUGGAAAUGGUAACAGAGGAAGAACAAGAUAAACUUGAUGAAGAUGAAAAUAACCAUUCACAGGUUGAAGAAGAAAAGAAGCACAAAAGUAGUGAAGUGGAAGUAUCAGACAAUGUAUGCGAUGCUGCUGAUGAGAGGGGAUUGAUUGAGCAGAGAAGGAGUGGAGGAAACAGCAAUCAGGAGUUUCCUGCUAUGCAGAAUGAAGGUUCUUAUAGUUUGAGGACUUCUUUCAGCAUUUCUUAUGAGGCGGGACUAGUGGUGAUGAACUCCCUCAGGAAGGACGUAAAGAAAAAGAACAAUGGCAAAUGGACACCAGGAGGAUGUGUGAUUGCACCAAUAUUUGAAAAGACCGAUUCGCUGACUGGUGGUCUGCUGCACGUGAAUGAUGACAGCAUUUUGAGGGAAGUGGCUCAGAGUGAUGACAGGCCUGCAAGGAUAACACCGCAUGAAAAGAAGAAGGUCAAAGAACAAAUUAAUUAUGUGAACGACCUGGAUGACUUAACUCAGUCUUCUGAGACUGUUUCUGAGGAUGACGACAUGCUUUACUCUACGAUUUCCACUUUGCAAGUAGAACCUCUCGACGUGGGGUGUAAAGAUUUUGGUAGCUUGUUGAAAAUUCGGGAUGCAAUUUUUUCCUAUGAAAGAUCAGUAGAUUUUCAAAGAAGUCACUGUGAACUACUUAGAGGAAAAAUUUACAAAAUGAAAAGUAAGGUUCGUGGGCUACAAAAAGAGCUGUCAGAAACCAAAGAAGUAAAAUCACAGUUAGAGCAUCAGAAAGUAGAGUUGGAACUAGAGCUCGGCAGCUUGAGAUUCGCCUUAAAGCAAGAAGAAGAGACGAGAAGAAACACUAAUAUGUCAUAUGAAAAAAUUAGGGAGCAGUUAAGAAGAGUAGAAGACGAACAUAGUAAAGAAAUUGAAAUGAAACAGCAAUUAGAGUUCAGUCUCCGAGGACUCGAAAUGGAACUGAAGACUGUGAGAAACAAUUGGAAUCAGGCUUCUGCUGGUCACGAAGAAGCAAAAGACCUGUUGCGCAAAAACCACAUUCUGCAGGAAGAAAUUGCCAGCCUAAGACUGGAAAUAGAUGCAGUGAAAAGUCAGAACCUGGAAAAGGAAAAGAACUAUUUUGAGGACAUUGAAAUUGUCAAAGCAAAGAGUGAUGAUGCUCAAAAGGCGGUAAAACUGACUGAGGAAAUGUUAACAAAGACUAUAUCCCAGGAUACAGGCCAGCCUAAUGUUCUGGCAGCUGCGAAUACGACGCUAAAGUCUAAGCUGGAGAACAAAAAAGAAAGCAAACAAAGACUGGAAACAGAAGUGAAAUCCUACCGUUCUAAACUGGCUGCUGCCUCACACGAUCCUGAUCGAGGUCAGACAUCACCAAGAGACCUGGCACUUGCCUUCCAGAGAGCAAAAGACGAGUGGUUAUGCUUGCAGGACAAAAUGGAGUCUGAAGUGGCUAACCUAAAAGAUAACAGCAAGGCGCUUUCCCAGCAACUGUCUACAGUGGAGCGUAAAUUCGAUAAGCUAAAAAUCAAGCUGCAGCGCACAAGAGAUGAUCUUAGAGAAAAGACCUUGACAUUAGAACGUGUCCAGAGAGACCUUCACCAAGCCGAGUGUCAAAAGCAGGAAGCUGAGCACAUGUAUCGGAACGAACAAGGCAAAGUGAAUGAAUACCUUGGAAAGCAGGAAUCCUUAGAGGAGAGAUUAUCUCAACUCCAGAGUGAAAACAUGUUGCUCCGACAGCAACUGGAUGAUGCGCAAAACAAAGCCGACAGUAAAGAGAAGACAGUCAUUGGCAUCCAAGACCAAUUUCAGCAGAUCGUCAGAAAACUCCACGCUGAAAGGGAGAAACAAGGUCUGAUGCUAGAAGAAAGAAACAAGGAGUUAAUCAGUGAACGGAAUCAUUUAAAAGAGAGACUGUGUCAGUACGAAAAUAAGAAAGCAGAAAGAGAAGCAGAUGUGAGACAACUUCGGCAAGAACUGGCUGACACCGUAAAAAAGCAGUCUAUGUCAGAGGCUUCACUGGAAGUCAUGUCACGCUAUUGUGCUAACUUAGACGAUGAGACACAGGAUUUAAAGAACAACUUCCGUCAACUCACAAGUCAGAGACAGGCAGAAUCUCAACAGGUGGAACUCAGAAUUAAAGACUUGGAAUCUGAACUCUCUAAGAUGAAAAUUUUGCAAGAAGAUAAUAAAGCAGAGUUUGAAACAUAUAAGCAUCUCUACCUAGUAGAAUUUGAAGUUAGAAAGUCAUUGCAAGAUGAACUAGACAAGACUAAUGAGAGGCUGGCAGAGAUGAACACCAAACUUGAGGUGGAGAAGCAGCAGAACAGAUCUUUAUUCGGCACUCUUAGCAGCACGCCAAUCCUGGAGCCCUCUUCUGUUGGAAAUUUCAAACCCACUUCAGGGUUCAAUGCAAAUCUGAUUUCAAGAGCAAACGUAGGGUUUUCUACCUCAAUUCGACGCCAUUCAAAUGACAGCAUGGAGACUUACUUGACCAAGAUGAGACGGGAGUUGGACAGGAGUAUAACUAGAGAAGUAAGGAAAGGUGGAGCCCCGGAUUUACCGGAGCAGUCGGCCAGACCCAGUGCUAGGAGCCAGCUCUGCCGCUCCGCGUCCCUGGAAAGCGUGGAGAGUCUCAAGUCUGAUGAAGAAGCCGACAGCGCGAAGGAGCCUCAGAAUGAAUUCUUUGAAGUCCAAGACCAGCUACCAGCCUGGGGUUCCGCGGCCUUUGGGAGCCCCCGGAAGCCCGGCAGCCUCUCCUCCGACACCCUCGAGAGCCGGGUCCGGGGCCUCUGGGAAGAGCUGGGUGUGGGCAGCAGCGGCCACCUCACAGAGCAGGAGCUGGCCCCGGUCUGCCAGACCAUCGGGCUCCAGGGCCUGGCAAAGGAGGGACCAAAUAGUGCUUGGAACAUGGUAGGCGUUGGAUAAAUACUUCUUGAUUGACCUGUACGACUUGAACGGAAUUAGGGUGGAUCCAAAAGAGAUGACCCAGGAGCAAGUAACAGACCUGACAAGUGAAGUGACUUGUUUCCGCUGCUUGUUUUCAUCAGACUGUGGAAUCUUAAUUUCCAAACCAGGGUUGAACCCGGGCCCCUGGCAGUGAAAGCCCAGAUCCCUAAUGACUGGCCCACCAGGGGAUUCCCAGGCCCUGUUUUAAAAUGAACACGUGUACCUCCCUGGUGUUCCAGUGGUUAAGAAUCCGCUGCCAAUGGAAGGGACGUGGGGCUCGAUCCCUGGUCCUGGCAGAUCCCUCAGGCUGCGGAGCAACUAAGCCCAAGCACCACAACUGCUGAGCCUGCACUCUCGAGCCGGGGCUCUGCGACAGGAGAAGCCACUGCCAUGAGGAACGAAGAACUUUCUCCAAUUUUAACACUGUCUCCAAAAGUAAAUCAGAAGUCAGUUAAAACGGACUCAAACGCAUUCCUUUUUAGAGCUGAAUAACACACAGCUCUUUAUCCACUCCGCUGUUGACGGUCAUCUAGGUUACUUCCAUGUCCUAGCUAUUGUAAAUAGUGCUGCAAUGAACACUGAGGUACAUGUGUCUUUUUGGAAUUUGCUGUAUGAUGCA